AUGAGCGGGAAGUUCACGGCGCACCUGCUGCAAUGGAGGUUGGAGAGGAAGACGGUAGUAACGACGUCGGAUCCGUCUUGGUUUGGGUUCGUCAUGGCGUCCAUGUGUUCCAUUCUCACCAGGUCUUCUACGCCUUCACCGAAUGGCUCGCAUUCCGACAUUUCUGCUGUCACCGAACAUGGAAAGCCUCCCAUUAUUCUUGGCAUUUGCGCCAUGGACAUUAAGGCACGCUCGAAGGCAAUGCGAGAGAUCAUCACUCGUCUAGUGGAGAGGGCAAGGGGUAACAUAGAGGUCAAGGUCUUUGGUGACAAAGUCAUUCUCGACGAAGAACUGGCCAGGUGCGAUGUUCUCAUAUCCUUCUUUUCGACGGACUUCCCACUGGACAAGGCCAUCCAAUACGUGAAAUUGCGAAAGCCCUUCUGUAUCAACGACCUAGCGCCGCAAGCCCUGCUGUGGGAUAGACGAAUGGUCGGUGCUGUUCUCGAUCAUCUGAAGGUGCCAACACCUCGGCGCCUUGAAGUUUCUCGCGACGGUGGUCCAAAGGUCGACGAUGAGCUCCGCGAGGCAAUGAGGCAGAAGAUCGGUAUAGAGUUCAGUGGCUUCCAAGUCACACCGGAGGUCGGCAUGAGUGAGGAUGGCAAUGCAAUAGUCAUCGACGGUCAGGUGAUGGAGAAGCCCUUCGUCGAAAAGCCUGUCAGCGGUGAAGACCAUAACGUGUACAUCUACUUCAGGGUGGUGGGGGUCGGCAACAAAUCAAGUGAACUAGAUCCCAAUUUGAACUGUCCUCGGACCGACGGGUCGUACAUCUAUGAGAAGUUCGUGGACGUCGAUAACUCGGAAGAUAUCAAGGUCUAUACUGUCGGCAAGGACUAUACGCAUGCGGAAACCCGCAAGUCACCGGUGGUUGAUGGUGUUGUACGACGGAACACAGACGGCAAAGAAAUCAGAUUCAUUACCCAUCUAAGCGACGAGGAGAAGAAGUGGGCCGCGCGCAUUAGCGAGGGUUUUGGGCAGACUGUAUGCGGAUUCGACAUGCUCAGAUGCGACAACGGCAAGACUAGUCAAGUCAUUGACGUCAACGGCUGGAGUUUCGUUAAGGGCAACGAGUCCUACUAUGACAAGGCCGCCGAAAUGCUCGCUAUGAUUUGUGUCCAGGCUAGCGCUUCCGUCGAGCGUCCGCUGUCUGCUACCGAGGGUCCGGUGGAGGAGUCUCCGACGUGGCUCCUCAAGGCCAACGUGACAGUGUUCCGACAUGCCGACCGAACGCCCAAACAGAAACUGAAGUUCAGCUUCCCGAUUGACGAGCCGUGGACGCAGCCGUUCGUCCGCUUGCUUAACGGCGAGAAAGAGGAGAUCAUCCUCCGCGAGCGUUCGCAACUAAGCCAUAUCCAGACGGCAGUCGAGGAGGCGAAAGGUCUAGGAGCCGAUGGAGAGGAUUUAGCGAAGCUAACGCAAUUGAGCAAUGCAUUGAUCAGCAAAAUCGAGUUGCCUGGGACGAAAGCCCAGCUGAAGCCCGUUUAUUCGAAGAAGCAGGCUGGGCAUUCGAGGAAGCUGACAAAGUUGACCUUGGUCUUCAAAUGGGGUGGCGAGUUCACGCACUCCGCAAGAUACCAAUCUCGCGAUUUGGGUGAGAACAUGAAGAAGGACAUCUCCAUUAUGAACAAGGACGUUCUCAAGAACGUGAAGAUCUAUACUUCUUCAGAGCGUCGCGUUGUCGCCUCCGCCGAGAUAUUCGCCACAUCGCUUUUCGAUACCAAUAAGGACCCCUACAAUGCACAGGCCAGCGGCAGCUCUCGCACGUCGCAAGACGGGAGGGGGAGGGAUGGCGGCGGCGGCGGUGCCGCGCUCAGUCCCUCUUCUGGGAGCGUCGAAUGCACCGAAGGCGCCGAACUUAUCGUGCGCAAGGACCUGCUGGACGAUUCAAACGCGGCAAAGGACCUCAUGGACGAUGUCAAGAAGCGUCUAAAGAUUCUGUUGCGCCCAGGCGAGCCAGAGAAGCGGCCGGAGUUGACAUGGCCGAAGAGUCUGAAGAAGGAGCCGGUCGAGGUCGUCAAGGAGGUCAUUGACCUUCUGAGGCAUUUUCGCGAAACCAUGCGUCGGAAUUGGGAGACGCUGGAUGUCGACAAGAUACAGGAGCGAUGGUGCUGUGGGGACGAGCCCUGGCUUUUCCGCGAGCGGUGGGAAAAGCUGUUUGAAGACUUCUGCGACGUUAAGCAGGAGAAAUUCGACCCGUCGCGCGUGUCGGAGCUCUAUGACACGAUUAAGUAUUGUGCUCUGCACCACCGGACGUUCCUCUUCUCCAUAUUCAGCGAGAACGGACAACCAAGCUCGCAGCCUCAUGACCGACAAUUACACGAGCUGUACGGACGCGCCAAGGCCCUGUUCGACCUCGUGGCGCCACAAGAGUAUGGCAUUGAGCCGGAAGAAAAGGAGGAGAUUGGUGUGCUCACGUCACUCCCGCUGCUACGCAACGUCGUCGACGACCUCGAGAAUGCGCGCAACAACGAAGAGUGCACUCUCACGCUGUACUUCACAAAGGAGAGCCACAUUCACACCCUCGUGAACCUCGUCCUCCUCUCGGGGGUGCCCAUCGCGAACCGGCGGAUCCCCGAGCUCGACUACUGCCUGUACGAGCGCAACCACGGGCGCGGCAAGUCAGACAAGGAGUACUCUAUCCGGCUCUCGCUAAGCGAGGGCGCGCACUCGUCGAACGUCCUCGACUCCGCGCUGGACGCGCGCCACUCGCUCAACGUACAACCGCGCAGGAAGCUGACGCAGCACCUGCCCUACAGUCUCGUCAUCGAGAAGCUGUCCAAGCACUUCCACAGGCACAUCGGCGACGACGACACAGGGCCGGACGAGCCGUUCGAGACGAUCGAUGCGCUGAGCGCGCCGGUGGCGAACCAGAGCCCCGCGGACGACCCCUAG